CCGAAAAUGCCCCCACGCGCCCGUCGCGUCCCACCUCCCCCACCAGCACGGCGAGAGCGGAGAGCUCGUGUCCUGACACGACAGCGAGAGCGGGAGCACGAAGGCGAAUCCACCGCACCCUCAUGGCGACGGAAGGCGAGCAGCAGCAGCAGGCGCCGCCGGCGGAGGAGGUCGUGUCCGUCGAGAUGCCCGCGCCCGAGGGGUGGACCAAGAAGUUUACUCCCCAGAGAGGGGGAAGAUCUGAGAUUGUUUUUGUUUCACCAACCGGAGAGGAAAUUAAGAACAAGAGGCAACUAAGUCAGUACCUAAAGGCACACCCUGGAGGUCCUCCUGCUGCUGAGUUUGAUUGGGGAACUGGUGAUACCCCAAGACGUUCUGCUCGCAUUAGUGAGAAAGUCAAGGUUUUUGAUAGCCCGGAAGGUGAGAAGAUCCCGAAACGCAGCAGGAACUCAACUGGCAGAAAGGGCAAGCAGGAGAAAAAGGAGGCCCCUGAAACUGAAGAAGCCAAAGAUGCUAAAGCUGGCAAGGAUGCAAAGGAGGCCCCUAACGAAGAUGCUGCGAAGGACACUGAUGUGGAGAUGAAGCCUGGUGAAGAGGUGAAGGAGGCUCCUACUGGAACUGAAGACGCAGAGAAGGCUGCAGACAAGGCUGAUGCUCCUGCUCCUGCACCAGCAGAAGAAGAAAAGAAGGAAACUGAGAAACCUGCUGAAACUGAUGUUGCCCCUUCUGCGUCAUUGGAGAAGAAAGACACUGCAGAAGAGAAGAAGGAAGAUGCCAAGCCAGCUGAGCCUGAAGCUCCAGCUCCAGCAAGCAACCCUACUGAGAACUCGGCCCCUGCUCCCACCGAGACUGCUGCUCCAGUGUCUGAAACCAAAUCAGAUGCCGCUGCUCCAGCGUCUGGAGCCAAACCUGACGCUGCUGCUCCAGUAGAGAACUCCACUGACAAAGGUGCUAGCCAGGAGAGCCAGCCUAACGCCGUCAACAACGGGCAGCUGCCGCACUGUGCGGUGAAGUGCACCUGAUCCCGGAACUGGAAGGAAGCCUGAAUCCACCCUUCCGGCGCCGUGUAUCUCAUUUAGGAACAUUUGCAUUCGCAUUGUAAUCAGUCAAAAAUCGGUGGAUUGGUAAGCAUGUUAAUUAGUCAGUCUGACGCUGCUGGGUGACAGUCGGUAAGUUAAAAGUAGGCCCUGCAUUUUAGCUUUUGGUAUGGCUGGUGUCAGCCGCCGUACAUGUAUCCAUCAUCGACAUCUUAUUGGUUGCAUUGUAUACCUAACCGUGCAAGUUAAUCUUAGGACAUGUAUACUCCUCUCUGAAUGUUUGUAUUCUGUACCUGUGCUGCGUGUUGUGUAACCUGCAUAACCAGUUGCAUUUGCUGCUGCUGUCUAUGAAAAAUAAAGGCUGCUGUCUGGCUACUUUGGCUAGGCUAGCUGUGGAUGCCAA